AGUUCUUCCGUACGUUUGUUCUGUGUGCGAGUUUACUAGUCAUUUACGAAUUUUGCUGAGUUGUGCCUACAUUUGUCGUAUCAAUUGAACGUCGACCGACCCGUGAUCACGACCAACAUGGCUACAGCUUUCCCAAAUUCAACGCAGUUUAGGAGUUCAGCACAGAAGGGAAUAUUGCAGAUUUUCAAUAGUUCGUUUGAAAAAAGUCUCCCGCAUUCACCGCCCAAUGACGAGGCGGGCGAAGAAACUGAAAUACCUUCACCAGACACGGACAGAACUAUAAAUUUAGAGGACCAGGCGAUCACCAAUACCGCCAAACAACUAGCAGAGGACUACAUCGACUACAAGACAAGUAAAUGCGCCAAGAAGCCAUCGUGUACACAUGCAGAGACCCUGAGAAGGGUUGGCGACGAGAUCGACGACAAAUACAACAUCUCUCUGAAUGGUGUGAUAAAAAGGUUAGAAUUUUCACCGGAAAACGAUGGAUAUUCUGCUUACAGGGCUUGCCUAGAUAGUAUGUUUGACGAAGGACAAAUAAACUGGGGCAGAAUUGCCACAGUAUACGUGUUUAGUGGGAGAUUAGCCAAACAUUGCCAAGAACAAGACACUAUAGAAUACGUGGAUUCUAUCAAAGAAUACACCACCAAAUACAUCAGUUCCAAAUUGUCAAACUGGAUAAAAAAACAAGGCGGAUGGGACGCUAUGAAUGAAGCAUUCAAAGCGAAAGACUGGACAGAAAAAAUUGCAUUCAAUGGUCUUGUGAUGACAGGUGCAGUGCUUGGUGGAUUAGCAGCACUCAGACUUGUGUUGGGGAAAUGAAUACUGGAAAUUACCAGAACUGUAUAUUGUAAAAGAAAAAUCGGGGCCCAACAGUAUCCUUCUGAGGCUGCUCUAACUGGUUGUGUUCCAGUAACAUUUAAACUAUACAUAGACACAAUCCAGUGCAAAAGGUAGCAAUGGUAGGACAGACCAUUUUCAUAUGGGUGAAAUAGUUGGAACCAACGUCUUCUCUAAUAUGUGCAAUAUGUUUGUGGGGCUGAUAUUUCUGAGAAAGUUGAAAAUGUUAAAUUCUCAAAAUUGUCACAAGUUUAUGUUUACAUACUAGUAGUUGGAUCAGACUGCCUCCCCUGACAGAAAAUGGACUGUCCCAGGUGUUUUUUUAAUCCUCAACUGCUUGAUGAUGAUUUUGUUCAGUUGUAAGUUCAGAAACUUUUUUGAUUAUUCUACAGAGCUUGAACUUCAGUAUUCCAGACACAAAGGUCGUUCAAGCUCUUAGCAGAAUAGAUUUGUGUCGCGAUAGACAUCUUCUAGCUCUCAUGAUCUGACCCACCUGUAUUUUUUAUGUGACUGGCACAUUUUUUGUCAGGUUAUUUAUUCAGCAUUAUGUUAUUUUUGUAGUCGGAAAUAUGUCCAAAACAUCAUCAUUGUCAUACAUUUAUGUCAUGCUGUCCUCUUAUUGUAACAUAGCUGUUGCCAAAUUUAACACACAUUAGUUUAACUUCUAUUUUUUUUCAUCUGAUAUGAAAUGCAAAUGACAAUCUGCUUUUGAGUCGCAUCAUUGUUCACUAGUAGGAUAGUGGCUUAAUAAUAAGCAAUGCAGUAACUGAAAUAAAACAACUGCCUAUCAAUAUUCAGGCUUCUGAAGCCUCGGCAACAUUUUAUGAAAAAUAGGCAGGCAAAAUUGAUUGGAUUUUUUUUAAACAAAAUCUUGUGACCAGCUACAUUUAAUGUACAAAGUUAACUUUGCAUUUACUUUAUUAUUAGUUUAAAUUUCUCGAUAAUUGAGAAUUAUUCCAUUUACAUACCUAUGUCAUUCAGGGAGACUGAAAUUGGGAGUGUAGAAUAUUUAGGAUUUGGUUGACAACUGAUUUGUUUGUUCCUUUGUACUGUUUCUGCAGUUUGAAUUGUAUUGUUUUCAGAGUAUUUUUUAUAUAAAAUUUUCUUUAAUUGUAACCCUUUGUGCAUGUGAGUCUGGUCAUAACAGCAUAUAAACCCGGACUGCUCUAGCUCUUAUAAAUAAAAAAAAAGGUUUCACAUU